UAGCUAUUCAAAGGAAUAUACAAUGCCAUGAACACUCGUUUAGAAAUUUCGGCGUUUUCGAGCGCUCAAGAAAGUAUGCAAGCCCUAGAAGAAUGGCGUAGAAAAAAUGAACAGCACACAAAUAAAAUCAAGGAGUUUUCUCAACGAAGAAAAAUGCUUAAGAAAAGAGCUAAAGAUCAUAGUAAUGAACAGCUAUGGAUUAACGAUCGCGAUGCGCUUGCUAAAGAACAAGAAGUUUAUGAGGCAGAGCUUAGAGAAUCGAUUAAGAGUAUCGGUGUUUUGGAUGAUGAUGAUUCUAAUGUGCGUGCAAAAUGGUCCCUUCAAAAUCAAAUUAUGCAGCAACUCCAGGUACUGAAGAGUGAGCUCCAGAUGUUGAAGAAGGCUAAUCCGUCUGGAAAUUAUGUAGAGUCUUUUAAGUCUAAGGUUUUAGACUUAAAAAAAUUCAUAGAAGAAGAACAAAAGAAAUGUGAAGCCAAUAUCAUAGCACAAGAGGAAGAGCCUCCGUCUAAGAUUGAUGUGAACGAUGUUCUCAUGCAUACCAGAUUGCGUAUGGAGCAGCUUCGGGACAACUUCCUGGAAUCUAAAAAGAUACAUGAGGCCUUCUAUGAAGCAAUAAACCAUGAGCAAGAGCGGCUACUUAGUCAUCUUGCAGAAGUUGGAAACGCUUCAGAACCCGUUUCAUCGGAUAAAGUUCUAAAAUCAAUUAGUUUACUUUUAAAACUCGCGGAAAGGGGACGUCAGGCUGACUCAGCUUCAUCCUUGCAAAAGCAGUUACGGGACCGCGUAUCGAUCACAUUCCCAGAACUAUCUAAAGCUCAAAUACAAGUUGCUAUAGAAGAGACAUUGCAGCAGAGGAAAAAACAUCAGCUAGUGAGGGCCUUCAUUGCAGAUUACAGAAGAGCGAUGGAAAAAUUGUUCAACACUUAUGAAACGGCCCUUGAUGUUGAUAAAGAGCGGCGAGAGUUCGAGGCUUGCAUCAAGACUGAAAAUGAUAUCCGCUUAAAGCGCCUCGAAGAGAAACACCUGCAUCUUGCACAACAACGAGAAGAAUAUGAAGAAAGAUGCAGGGAGACAGAAUUGAGAGAGAAGGAACUGCACGCUGUAAAAGAGAAGCAAUACUAUGCCCUGAAGAUAAAACGUAUGGAAGAGUUUCAGAAGCGUCUUCAUCAGCUUGUUGAAUAUGAGAAAAUAAAGAGUGAAAUGAUGGAGAGGGAAAGUCAAUUGCAGAUGCUGCGCCUGCAAGAAGAAGAAGCAGAAAAGGCUGAGCGAAUGGAGCAAAAUAGCAAGCGCGUAGCGUAUCGGCAGCAUAAAUACGCUGAGAAGGUUGAACACAGACAGGCUCUUGAAAAAGAGCUCCUUGAUUUGAAACAAAAGAAGGAAAAAGCAAUGCAAAGAUUUUUGGCUUCUAUAGAGCGUCAGAUUGGUGUCCAAUCCGAUCCUAAGCGGCUUAUAAAGGCUACUGAGUCCAGUGCUCAGGCGCAUACAUACGUAACAUUUGCAGCGGCUGCACAAAACAAGAUCCCUGGUUACACUGAUGAUGAAAUCAUGCACGACCCACGUAUGAAGUUAUACCAUGCCUUACUGGAGGCUGGAUUACAUAAAACUGAAUACGGCAGGGAAGUGGCUAGUCGUGGUUUUCGAAUACCGCCGGCACAGCAAGCCAAUGAGGCAAAUCCACUCUAUAAAAGCAUUCCCUGAACUCAACUCAAAUAAACUCUGUCCAUGAGAGAAUAUAUAUAUAUAUUAUCAGGAUGUAUUAUUAAUUAUUUUCUCAUUUUAUGCUGCUAGAAAAUUUGUCUGGGAUAUUUGUAUA